ACAUGACGUGGAGCUGUGACGUCUGUUCCGCCGUCCGCCUCGAGGUUGUGUUUACAGUCAGAUUUGGCGGGAGAGGAUUACACGAUCCGCUUUCGGUUCAGAGAGCGUUCUAUUGAGAGCCGCGUGCGUCAAUGGCGGCGACUGCGUCUGCAGCUCCCGCGGAGUCGGAGUUGGACCGCAGCGGAGCUGAGGACGAGCCCCGAAGCGCCGAGCCGGAGGAGGACGGAGGGAACGGGCAACCUGGGCCCACCGCGGGUGCGCAGCAGCACCGUCUCGCUAAGUUACCGCUGUCCCGCAUCAAAGCUCUGAUGAAAGCUGAUCCGGACGUGAGUCUGGCCAGUCAAGAGUCCGUGUUCAUCAUAGCUAAAGCCACGGAGCUUUUUGUUGAAAUGAUUGCCAAAGAUGCUCUCGUAUAUGCACAACAGGGAAAAAGAAAAACCCUUCAACGCAAAGACUUGGACAAUGCUAUUGAAGCAAUAGAUGAAUUUGCAUUUUUGGAAGGUACACUGGACUGACUGAAAAGGUGCAUAAGUAUGAAUAUAAAGACAGUCAACAAGUUCUGAAGUUUCAUUUCGGAUCUGAGAGAUAAAAAGAGAUAAAAAUCCCUGGGACAUGUUAUAUCAUGGUAAUGCUUGAGCAGUUUGAUAAAAUUGUACGGUUGUCAAAGUUGUAAAGUGCCAGUUGUAUUUUUCAAUAUUCUACGAUUCUUAUGACAAUGUUUAGUGUUUGAAUAAAGUGAAGCUCUUUUAUUUA